AACUCUCGGUCCCUUGCUGGAUUUGUUCCGUCGCACAGCGAACGCGGCGGUCGGUGUCAGCAUGGCGAGCGACCGGAAAAAGCACGGAAAUGAAUGCGGCACGAGCUUCCGAGCCAAAGUGUGGUGCAACUGGGAUGCAUGUGGCAUCGUUUGCGCGGUGAUAUCCUGGUUCCUCGUUCUGUAUGCCGAAUACGUUGUCGUCGGGGUUGUCAUCUACCCUUGGAUGGGACUAGGCUUCUUCGGCCUUCUCCACAUAUGCUUGUUCACGACAGUAUGCUUCUUGGCCCUCGUUUCCCAUGGAAAAGCCAUGUUGACUGACCCGGGGUCUGUUCCUGAAGACGCCAUACCAGUGGCCUUGAAGCACGCGACAAAGGAAGAGAUCAACAGGCUGGAGGAGCAGCGAUUUCGCACAUGUCGGCGUUGCAAAAUCUUCAAGCCGGCAAGAGCCCAUCAUUGCAGCAUUUGCGAGCGGUGUGUCAUCAAGAUGGAUCACCACUGCCCAUGGGUGAACAACUGCGUUGGGUUGGGCAACCACAAGUUCUUUUUGCUCUUCAUCUUCUACGUCUUCGUUCUGGCCAUCUACGCGCUCAGCCUGGUGUUUACCCGCUAUGCUCAUUGCAUCGACGACACGUGUGCCAGCAACGGCCUGAUGCACGUCGUGUGUCUGUGCAUGGAGGCCGUGUUGUUUGGACUCUUCACCAUGUGCAUGAUGUGCGAUCAGUACAGCGUCAUCACGACUGGCACGACCCAAAUCGAUCGGCUGAAGGGUGAAACAAGUGAAAACCUUGGCGUCCGCGAAGUGUUUGGCGGAUCCUCCAGCAAACCUUCCCUCCACUGGCUGCUUCCCGUCAACAUCUCGUUCCCCGAGUCGAUUAAGGAGCAGCUGCUCGGAUAUGCAUUAGAAGAACUUGAAGUCCAUUGCUCGAACGACACGUUGUCGACAGAAAUGGACGUGUUCUUACCCGCAGGCGAAUCCGUUCGCACGGAAAAACUGCAAGGCGGAUGGUCGGUCGAGAAGCAUGUGCUGCCGAAGGAAGACAUUCAUGUGGUCUAACCUCUAUUAUGAUUUUGGUCUAUCCUGGCGUGGUGUCGUUCAUCGCUGGUCGAGAGAUGUCGAAUACUGUUCCAGCCUCUCCAUCAAGUCUGUCUCGUUUGCCGUGGCACAUCCUCCCAUCAAUGUCUUGGUCCGGACCUGUCAUUUCCACUGCAUGCGAUCGCUCGAGCCAGUCGUAGCCGCUGGCACAACCCACCUCUUGUGCUUGGUGGGACGUGCCUGGACUCGAGUCGUCGCCUUCUUCGGUGGUUUCCACCACGGGUGACGCAGACCUCGUGUGGUUGUAAGUCACCUGGACUUGCUUGGUUGGAGCCGUCUGAGCCCGUUGCUGGAGCAGCACUUUGUCCCGUUCGACUUGACUUUGCGCUUCUGGGACGACAAGACCCGCCGUCGUCAUUGGCCGGAGGUCGUUCGCGUGGCGGCAACUUGCCUUGGCAAACGCCCCCGCGAGCGCCGCUACCUCGUCCUCAAAUGCGCCUUCCCAUGAUUCGCGAGCGUCUCUAAAAUACCGUCGAUUUUGUUCGUCCCGUGUUUGCAGUAUUUGCUUGGCGGCAGCAAUGUCGGCCAUCCGCUGCCGCUUGAGAGAUCGCGCAUGCUUUCGAAGCACUUCCCGCUUGCAUUGCGCUGUGUCAUCGUUUGGUUGGGCGGUGCGGUUGUGGGCUGACAACGCGGCAGACGCGCGGAGCUGGUCUUGGCGUGCCAAGUCUCGCUUGUACUGUUCCUGACGGUGAAUCAUCUUGUCGAUUGUGUGGACCGACGUCUUCCUGUCUUUGGAAGGCAUUGGGCGGGCAAAGAAACUCUGGAGCACGGGAACGACGUCUCCCCGGACUUCAGGGCGUUUUGAGGGAGACACAUCGAGGUCGUCAUCAUGAUCGUGUUGGCUAACGGAGGGCUUGACAUCAGCUCGACGGGGGGGCGUGGAGGCAGCCGGGGUAUUCCGCUGCGGCUGAAUCUUUGGAGAUUGGUUCUGUCGUUUCGGGCUGCAGUACACUUUAAUGAAGUCGAUGGGGUGUUGUCCAAACGACCCCCGCGGAUGUGAUGGAGCACCUGCUGGCUCGUCGAAGGCAGAUGCGGAGGGCAUGGCUAUCCUUGUCUCGACGACGGGAUCUGUGUCAAUUUGGAGUUGGAAUUUCGAGGGGCGGGGUGGAGUGGGAGUCGAACGAGUGGACGAAUACUGCGACGCCGGUGAUGUUGCUUGUACGGGUGGGGCUGGCUUGACCACAAUCACGGGGGACUCGGUGCUGGGGGCAAUCUUGAUCUUUUGAAACAUAGCAGAUCCUAUCUUUUGGACCCACGACUGCGGCGUCAGCGGUCGGCCCGAGUCAUGGUAGUUUUCCUCGUCCUCCAACAAGUCAUCGUCGUUGUCGUAAUGGACGGACGACUCGUCGUGACGUCCGGACGUCCCCUCGAGUUGGAUCGACUUGGACCCGUUGCUGGAGCUGCUACUGUUGCUCAGCCUCGACUUGACUUGCAGCGAGUACAUAGUUGACCAUGCACCGCGCCGACGCCAAGGCUGUGCAGUUGAGCUGAC